UCCGCUCCCUAGGCCCUGGGACUCCCGGUCCUUGCCUGCUUCCGCCUUCCGCCCGCUUCCUGAUUCCGCUCCACUCGUUGCCCUCCGCUGUUGUCGCCUUCGUCCCCGGAAGAUCUCUGCGUCCUCGAGCCAGCCAUUGUUUGCCACUUGUCCGGGCACCAAAUAAAGUUUUUUCGUUCAAAAGCACUUUUUUUUUUUUUUUAAGCUGCAGCUCACGCUUUCUCAGCUCCUCCUUCGCUCUUCCUGCCAUCGGCGAAACCCGAGCGUUGGGGCCGGUAACGCCGGACGGGAUGGCUGAGGCUCCGGCGUCUCUCUCGGGACAGGACGUAGGAUCAUUUGCAUAUCUUACAAUUAAAGACAGAAUACCACUGAUUUUAACUAAGGCUAUUGAUACAUUGCAUCGACACAAAAGUGAGUUUUUUGAGAAACAUGGAGAGGAAGGCAUAGAAGCUGAAAAGAAAGCUAUUUCUCUUCUUUCUAAGUUACGAAAUGAAUUGCAAACAGAUAAACCAAUCAUCCCUUUGGUUGAGAACUGUGUUGAUACCGACAUAUGGAAUCAGUACCUAGAAUAUCAACAGAGUCUUUUAAGGGAAAGUGAUAGGACACCAAGUUGGUUCUACUCACCGUGGUUGUAUGUAGAAUGCUACAUGUAUCGUAGAAUUCAUGAAGCAAUUAUCCAGAGUCCACCAAUCAAUGACUUUGAUGUAUUCAAAGAAUCCAAAGACCAAAAUUUCUUUGAGUCACAGGAACCUGGCAUUACUUUAUGUACUCACUUGCAAAAUUUCAGGAGUACUAUUGAAGACCUAGAUGCAAAUCAGCUGAAAACUGAGUUUUUUCAUCUUCUCCAGAUUUCACUCUGGGGAAAUAAGUGCGAUUUAUCUCUAUCAGGUGGAGAAAGUAGUUCUCAGAAGACUAACCUAAUAAAUUCUUUGGAAGAUCUAGAACCUUUUAUUUUAGUGAAUGAUAUGGAACAUCUUUGGUCAUUGCUUAGUAAAUGCAAGGAAACAAGAGAAAAAGUGCCCAUAGUUAGAGUGGAUAUUGUUCUGGAUAAUUCUGGGUUUGAACUUCUUACAGAUUUAGUAUUAGCUGACUUUUUGUUAUCCACUAACCUGGCUACUGAGAUUCAUUUUUAUGGAAAAUGUAUUCCAUGGUUUGUUUCUGAUACUACUAUACGUGACUUUAAUUGGCUUAUCGAACAAGUAAAACAUUAUGAUCAUGAGUGGGUGUCCAAGUGUGGGGUUGACUGGGAAAACUAUAUUAAAAUGGGUAGAUGGGUUUACCAUGAUCAUAUGUUUUGGACUUUGCCUCACGAAUAUGCAGCUAUGUCCCAGGUUGCCCCUGAUUUGUAUGCUGAACUACAAAAGGCAUGUUUAAUUUUAUUCAAGGGUGAUUUGAAUUAUAGGAAGUUGACUGGUGAUAGAAAAUGGGCGUUUACUGUUCCCUUCCAUCAGGCUCUGAGUGGCUUCCAUCCUGCCCCUCUCUGCAGCCUGAGAACAUUAAAAGCUGAAAUUCAGGUUGGUCUGCAGCCUGGGCAAGGUGAACAGCUCGCGGCUUCGGAUCCCAACUGGCUGGUCACUGGGAAGUACGGAGUGAUUCAGUUUGAUGGUCCACUCUGACCCAGCCUAGAACUCCCAGGCAAGUAGGAGGAUCUGAGAAGCACCUUUUCAUCUCCAGAAAAGCAGUGUGUGAAUCUAGUCCCUUGGCUGCUCUGCAUCUGCUCUGGGAUGCUUGCUCGGCCUUCUUGUCACCUUACUCUCCGGAUGAAUUUUCCUUGGAACCUUGCACCGCACUACAGUAUUUUGGGAAUAUAUGUUUUUACAUAGAUUACACUUAUAUUUACAAACAUAUACACUUUUGUUGGAAUUUCGGUAACUAUUUCAAGUUUUUUUUAAUUGGGUAGAAAGCAAAGUAUAAGUGAAUUCUGGCUUUUAAGGUAAAUAUUUUUUCUUAAAAUGGUAUGCAGCAUGGUAUUUAAUAACCUAGGCAACAUGGAAUUUUAUUUAAUUUAAUUUGGGGCUCUUGAAGUAAUGGCUUUGUGAAAAUAUUCAUUUGAAUGACUUUGUGAAAAGAGGUAGUUUUUAUACCUGUGAUGCUUGAACACAAAAGUAAAAUUUACCUCAUAAGUUAAUUUUAACUUUUGUUCUCCUUGAAUUUUAUUUCAGUAGCUUAUUUUAUUUGCAUGCAGUUAUAUUUUUUAUUAACUUGUGGAAUGGAUGUUAGGAAAUGUGAAAUUGGACACAUGAAACAAAUGGUAUUUAAAGAAAUAUAAUCUCUUAUAUUCUAUUUAUGAUAUGCAUAAUCAACUGAAAUUAUUAUUUUAUCACACAAGUGUUUUAAGUGAACAUAUUUUUUGAUUGUAGUUUUAGAAAAAUGUUUUAGAUGGAAAAGAAUUUCUAUGCAUUGAAUUUGGAUACUACAAUAAUGAAUUCAUUUUUAUAUUCUACAUUUUAUUGGUCAUUGCAGAUAUUAAAAACUAAAUA